AUGCACCAAGAAGUUGGAGGGCCAGUUCCUCCCAACACUGAACAUGCAGUCAGCGUAUCUUUGCCAACAUGGAAAUCCAACGUCGCCUACGAGGAAGGGGAACCAUGGCUUAUAGGCAAGAUGCAGUGUGGGUAUCCUAGGUUUUUUGUGCACCCAAUCAUUCAGGAGCUUGCCAAGGAGAUUGUGCAACUUCAUGGGAAACCAGAGUCAGAAACAGCUAUGCUGUUUCCAUCUCCUAAAACGGCACGAGUCUGCUAUUCCUUUAUCCUCUCAAAAUUACCUACCGAGGCAUCGCGGAAAGUACGCAUUGUAGACCUUGCCCCCCCCCCUCAUACGGAAGCCGAGUCACCCUCUGUUACUUCACUUUUGUCGGGUGUGAUAUUUCCUAAUGAGUAUGCACCAAUCGCAAAGCAAGUAUGGCAACACAGUGGUAAUGGCAUAUCAAGUCGUCGGGGUGAGUUCUGUCUCAAUGCUUUAAGGGACGGUUUUCUUCUAGAGAAGAGUCACCCCGCUAUGGACACGACAUCUCAAAAAAUCUAUAAAGGUCCGCGGAGGUACCAGGGGAAGGAUUCAAUGAAUCGGGUGGCUCGAAGAAGAGGGGCAAACGCUACGACACCAAGUUCGUCUUUGUCAAACAAUGAAACACAAGAAAGGCAUGAGUAUUCUCAGUUCAUUGAAGAGCGCUUUGGUCGAAAUCUGAGCACUUCUCUGUCGUGCCAAGCUAAAUUGGCCGUUCGCAGGCGGAUUGCAGGUGUUUUAACUGCUGAUGUUGAGCUGAGUGAAGCUCUCCAAAGGACGACAGAAGAGGGCAGAGUAUCAGGGUUGACGGAGCAUGAUGUUUUCCUCUUCCCAACCGGCAUGAGCUCGAUUUUCAAUACUCAUAAAUUUCUGUUAGCCACUAGAGGUGCUAUGAAAAGCAUUUGCUUCGGGUUCCCCUAUAUUGACACGCUGAAAAUUCUGGAAAAAUGGGGCCCUGGUUGCUUGUUUUAUGGGCAUGGUUCAUACGAAGAUUUGGACGAUCUAGAGUCACGCUUGAACAAUGGUGAAAAGUUCCUAGCACUUUUCACUGAGUUUCCGGGUAAUCCGUUACUUAAAUCGCCUGACCUAAAACGGAUUCGUGCGCUUGCAGAUAAACAUAACUUUGCAGUUGUGGUAGAUGAGACUGUGGGCAACUUUAUCAACAUCAACGUGCUACCAUCUGCCGACAUUGUCGUCAGUAGUUUGACAAAAAUAUUCAGCGGUGAUAGUAAUGUUACUGGAGGGAGUGCUGUUCUCAAUCCACGUGGGCAUUACUAUCAUUCUUUGAAACAUACAUUUUCCGAAGAACAUGAGGAUAAUCUUUGGGCAGAAGAUGCUGUGUUUUUGGAAAGAAACAGUCGUGAUUUUGUAUCACGAAUUGAGAAAAUUAACAGAACUACUGAAGCGAUAACAGCAAUGUUAAAGAACUCUUCAAUUGUUAAAACUAUCUAUUAUCCAAAAUAUAGCCCCUCAAGGCCAUUUUAUGAUGCCUUUCGCAAUUAUAAUGGUGGUUAUGGUGGUCUCUUUUCUGUUACUUUCUAUUCAACUGCUGCCGCCGCCGCUUUCUUUGAUCACCUUGAUGUAUUUAAGGGACCUAGUCUUGGUACAAAUUUUACUCUGAGUUCCCCAUACACCUUACUGGCUCAUUACAGUGAACUUGACUGGGCGGGCUCCUUUGGGGUGGAGUUUGAUUUGGUUAGAAUAAGUGUUGGCCUGGAGAACGUAUCUGACCUCUGUUGUCGGGUCCAAGCCGCUCUAGACGCUGCAGCAGCUGUUACAGCAUAG